AUGUUCUCUCGUCCACUGCUACGUUCUUUGAGGAUAAAUUCUGGUGCAUUCCUGCAUAGUUUGCCAAUUGCAAGAUCCAUUCACCUUUCUCGAGCAUGUCUUGUCAAAGCAGCUGAAAAGACCAAAGUUAAUGAUGUUUCCAAGACAAACGAGCAUGACCACAGAGCCAUUGGCAAGGCUCAGUCAUUAUUCAUGAUCCACCCUGUCAGCCCUGGUUCCAUUUUCAUGUUACCUCACGGCACUCGCAUUGUACACAAACUACAGGAUUUCUUGAGAACUGAAUACGCUCGAUAUGGAUACGAUGAAGUUAUGACGCCCUUGAUUUACAAAAAGGAAUUAUGGGAGACAAGUGGCCAUUGGCAAAAUUACAUGGAAGAUAUGUUUAUGGUGAAGAGUGGACGUGAACAGACAUGCACUCAUGAGCACGACCACCACAAGGGUGAUGCAUUGAUUGAUACCGAUGAAGGCCUCUUUGGUUUGAAGCCCAUGAACUGUCCUGGCCAUUGUUUGAUUUUUGACAGCACUCCUAAAUCGUAUCGUGAUCUUCCCAUUCGAUUGGCUGAUUUCAGCCCUCUUCAUAGAAACGAAGCAUCAGGCGCUUUGUCCGGUUUAACUAGAGUCAGAAGAUUCCACCAAGACGAUGCUCAUAUUUUCUGCGCUGAGAAACACAUUGAGCAAGAAAUUGCAUCUUGUCUAUCCUUUGUGGAUCGUGUUUACAAGGCAUUCAAGUUUCCUCAUUACGACUUGACACUGUCUACGCGCCCUGAAUCACAGUAUAUUGGAUCAAUAGAAGAAUGGGAGCAUGCUGAAGCAUCACUUACACAGGCAUUGAACGGUACUGGACGUCCAUGGUCCAUCAAGGAGGGAGAUGGUGCAUUUUACGGACCCAAGAUUGAUAUCAUGGUCAAAGACUCAAGCGGAAAAUCACAUCAAACAGCCACUAUUCAACUUGAUUUCCAAUUGCCUAGACGAUUUGGAUUAAAAUAUGUAGAUGAAAACGACGUAUCACAAACACCUGUCAUUGUGCAUCGCGCCAUUCUUGGAUCCAUUGAACGUAUGAUGGCCAUCUUGAUUGAGCACACAGGAGGAAAAUGGCCAUUCUGGUUGAGUCCUCGUCAAGGCGUUGUUAUCCCUGUGUCUACUCAAUUUUCUGAUUACGCUAAAAAGGUAGCACAAUCCUUGUCUUUGGGUGAAGAUCACGAAUCCAGCACUUCUCAUGAACAAUACUAUGUCGAUGUCGAUUCCUCUCCUCGUGAUCGACUCAACAAGAUGAUUCGUCAAGCUCAACUUCAGCAAUACAACUUUAUCUUUGUCGUCGGUCAAAAGGAGAUGGAUGAGGGGACCGUCAAUGUCAGAACUCGUAAGGGUGAGGUCUUGGGCACAAUGGGCGUGGAUCAAGUUCGCAAAAUGUUUGCUUCCAUGACUAAAAAUUUAGAGUAA